AUGAAAAUAUUUGUUUUUAUAAUUAUAAUUUUCGCUUUACUAAAUAGUAAAGUAUAUGGCAAAUCAAAAUUGAAAAAGGAGGGCAAAAAAGGAAAAAAGAGCAUAUCAUUAGGAGGUGACUUCUUAGGAGAUAUUACUCCAGUUCCUAAUUCCGUAUAUAACCUACACGUUGACCUGAAUAAAACAUAUGAAUUAAAUAAUUUUGUUUUAAAAGGAAAUGAAAAAAUAAACAGAACAUUACUAUUCAUGUAUAAAGAACAUUGUAAUUUUGUGAAAGAGCUUCAAGAAACAAUGAAUUUAAGGAAGAAAUUAAUAGAUCUGUUAAUUAAUGAAACAAAAGAAUUAAAAAAUAAAAUUGUUCCAUAA